GAGCCGAGCCGAGCCGAGCCGAGCCGAGCCGAGCCGAGUCCCGGGCGUCUGCUUCUGCCUGGCCGCGGCCUGACGGUGGAGGUUUGGUAAAGCAUCUGUAAAGAUAGAAACUGGUUUCCUGACCUGACUUAGGAAGCUGCGUCCAGAGUCUUUGUGAGGGGACUUGGCACGAAGAUGAGUUCUGUCAGCUCGCAGGAUGAUGAAGAUACCUUUAAAAUACUUAUUGCUACUGAUAUUCAUCUUGGCUAUUUGGAGAAGGAUCCAGUUCGUGGAAAUGAUACAUUUGUAACUUUUAAUGAAAUUCUGGACCAUGCUCAAAAACAUGAAGUGGACUUUAUUUUAUUAGGUGGGGACCUUUUUCAUGAAAACAAACCUUCCAGAAAAACACUUCACUCUUGUUUGGAGUCACUGAGAAAAUACUGCAUGGGUGAUCAUCCUGUUCAGUUUGAGAUUUUGAGUGAUCAGGCAGUUAAUUUUCAUAGUAGCAAGUUUCCAUGGGUGAAUUAUCAGGAUAGAAACCUCAACAUUUCAAUUCCAGUUUUUAGUAUUCAUGGCAAUCACGAUGAUCCCACAGGGACAGAUGCACUGUGUGCACUGGAUAUUUUAAGCUGUGCAGGAUUGUUGAAUCACUUUGGACGUUCAUCUUCUGUGGAGAAAAUAGAUAUUAGUCCCAUUUUACUGCGUAAGGGUAGGACAAAAAUUGCUUUGUAUGGCUUGGGAGCUAUUCCAGAUGAGAGGUUGUAUCGUAUGUUUGUCAAUAAACAAGUAACCAUGCUGAGGCCAAAGGAAGAUGAAGACAGUUGGUUUAACUUGUUUGUGAUUCAUCAAAAUAGGAGCAAACAUGGAGCUACCAACUAUAUUCCAGAGCAGUUUUUAGAUGACUUUAUUAAUCUUGUUGUGUGGGGUCAUGAACAUGAGUGCAAAAUAGCUCCACUCCAAAAUGAACAGCAGUGUUUCUAUGUUUCUCAGCCAGGAAGUUCAGUGGUGACAUCUCUGUCACCUGGAGAAGCUGUCAAGAAACACAUUGGGUUGCUGCAUGUUAAAGGGAAAAAAAUGAAAAUGCAGAAGAUUGCUCUAGAGACAGUGCGAACUUUCCACAUGGAGGAUAUUGUUCUAGCUGAUCAUCCAGAUCUUUUUAAUCCUGACAAUCCUAAAGUAACUCAGGCAAUACAGGCAUUCUGCAUGGAAAAGGUUGAGUUGAUGCUGGACAAUGCAGAAAGAGAACGGUUGGGAAACCCCCACAGGCCAGAGAAGCCUCUCGUGAGAUUACGAGUUGAUUAUACAGGUGGCUUUGAACCAUUCAGUGUCCAUCGGUUUAGCCAGAAGUACAUGGAUAGGGUGGCCAACCCAAAAGACAUCAUACACUUUUUCAGGCAUCGUGAACAAAAAGAGAAAAAUGACAGUGAUCUUAAUUUUGGAAAGCUGGUUAGGAGACCUUCUGAGGGGAUGACACUGAGGGUGGAAGACCUGGUAAAGCAGUAUUUUCAGACAGCAGAGAAGAAAGUGCAGCUUUCACUUCUAACUGAAAGAGGAAUGGGAGAAGCAGUGCAGGAGUUUGUGGACAAAGAAGAAAAAGAUGCCAUAGAAGAGUUGGUCAAGUUUCAACUAGAAAAAACACAGAGGUUUCUUAAGGAGCGUCGUACUGAUGCAGAGGAAGAAAAAAUAGAUGAGGAGGUGCGAAAAUUCAGGGAGAGUAGAAAAAAAAACACGGAAGAAGAAGAUGAGGAAGUUCGUGAGGCUAUGACCAGGGCUAGAGCUCACAGAACUGAGGAUGAAAUUCUUGUCGCAGCCUCCAGUGAUGAAGAACUCCUGGAUGUGGGGAUGAAAGGCACUGGGGAUUCAGAUGAUGGCCUUUCCCCAGCAGUGAGCAGAGGAAGGGGCAGAGGAAGAGGCAGAGCAAGAGGUGCAAGAGGACAAAAUUCAACAGCAAGAGGUUCAUCUCGAAGGGGAAGAGGAAGCACUACCCAAGAGUCAGCUACCAGCAGCAGAAGCUACAGGGCUGUAUCUGUGCCUGCCAAGAAUAUGUCUAUCAGGGAUGCCUUUAGGUCUUUGAAGGCAAAGCCCUCCUUGAAUUCAUCUAUGCCUUACUCUGAGGAUAUUAUAGAUGAUGACUCUGAUGUAGAAGAAAUUUCUAUUGUUCCUUCUCCCAGAGUAAACCAAAGGUUGGCAGCUACACCCUCACUUAGUAAAAGAGGUUCACAAAGCCAGACGUCUAGAGGUGUUGAUUUUGAGUCAGAUGAGGAUGAAUUUGAUCCAUUCAAAACCACUGCAACAUCAAGAAGAGCUAAGUGAUUUCAGACUUUCUGUACAAGAGAGGCCAUGAAAGUCAGUGAAGAAAAUGGAAAGCAAUUUGCAAGGCAUUCCCUAUAUGACAUUUCUAUGUAAAUGAUGGUUUGCCUUCUAUUUUCACUUAUAUGAAAUGUUUUUGGAUUGGGUUUUAUGUUUUUUUUCCAGUACAACCAAAUUUGGUAUAAUUUAGGUGCUGUGUUGCUUGAUGCAUCAAACUGGAGGGUCUAACAUUCUGCCUGAAACUAAGUUCUUCCUAAAACUCCUAGAAGACUGUUUUCUUGCAAUGAUAAUAAUGUAAAUAACACUCAUGUCUUUUGUAGAAAAAUCCAUCUCAUAGUCUUAAAUUUUCCAGAGGAGUAAAUUUAUAGUAGUGUGCAACUAUGGAUACAGACAUGGACUCAGUCAGCAUAAAGAAACUUAUGCUUAUUUCUAAUUUUCCACAGAUAAAAUUGAAAACUCUGAAGAGUAGUAUUUUGACCCCAAAAUAGUUUUCAGUGCUGAAUCUGGAAAAUAUUUCUUUCAACUCUACUAAGAAAACUAAACCCACUAUUGCACCGUUAUUAAAUGUCAGUAUACAGGAAUGAAUUCUGCUCUUUAAUUCAAGAAGGGCCAAAGACUUCAGAUUGAAUUGCAUUCUCAGGUGUUACCCAGUAAAUAAGAUGUAAGGGUUAGAACCUCACAGCUUCACAAGGAGUGCUGCUUGAGGCACACAGCAGUUGUGUGCCAGAAAUGGGCAGGACAUUGCCUCUUGUCUUUUUCUUAGCUGAUGUUUUUCAGGUAUCUGUUUCCUCAGCCCACUGCUUCAGUAACCCUUCUAAAAUAUUACCCCACUCCCCAAACAGUGCUGCUCUGAAGCUGUGGCUGUGAGAGCAGAUCAAGGAAAAGGCCAGAAGCUCUCACCAGUUGAUGCCCCAGCAUGUCAGAGAAGCACUUCAGCUGUUGAGCAGCUGCAGCCAGACCUUUGCAUUUCCACUUUCCUUAAAAGAGCUGGGUUUGGGCAGUUACAUUUCUCUGACUCUUUCUGAACAUGACUGUUGUUACUUUGGCUUCAUUUAGGGAACCUAAAAGAGCCUUGAGCUACCUGAACACUUCCAUAAGAAUGAUCAAGACCUGCAAAUAUCUAGUGUAGAUCUUACACUAGCAGGGUUAUCACUUAAGUUAUCGGCAAACAAUUUUCAAGUGUGGUUCUUUCUUUUCAUUAAAUGCUGUCAAAACUAUAAUAUUGCCUAUGCAAUUAAAAAGCUGCUGUAGAUGCCCUUCAAAAUGAGGGUUUAGAGUUAUUUUUUUUUAAAUAAACUAUUU